AUGCUAAUAGAUCAUUGGGAAAAUGACGAUCUAUUCGAUGUCACAUUGAGGUUAAUAGUAAAUUUAACCAAUCCUGCACUACUAUUAUAUAGAGAAGAAGUACCUAUUGAGCGUACUGCUCGUCAUAAUUAUCUGCAAAUAUUAAAUAACUUGCAAAGUUAUAAAGAAGAGGCAUUUGCUAAAGUUGAAACUUGGCAAGUGUUUUCUAAAAAAUUAGCUAAAGUUUUAGAAAUUGAUUGGGCAGAGAGAGAUGAAGAUACUGGACUCAUUAUUGAAAGGAUCUUAAUACUUAUCAGAAAUGUUUUACAUGUGCCUGCCGACCUUGACAAAGAAAGGAGACCUGAAAAUGAUGCCAGUGUCCAUGACCAGGUGUUAUGGGCAUUGAAUCAAUCUGGUAUCUUGGACAUAAUUCUCUAUAUGUCAUCAGAGAAUGAAAAACAGUAUUUUAUGCAUAUUCUUGAAAUAAUCUCACACCUGUUAAGGGAACAAAACCCGACAAGCUUAGCAAAUGCUGCUCUGCAGAGAAGUAUGGAUGAAAAAUUGAGGGAUGAACAGGAACUUCUUACAAUUAGAAUGACUGAAACAAAAGAUAGGCUAAAUAAGAUUAAACAGUAUUCUGCUACAAGACAUUCAAGGUUUGGUGGCACUUAUGUUAUACAGAACAUGAAAUCCAUAUCAGAUAAUGGGAUUAUUAGCUUAAAGCCUUUAAAUAAAAUAUCUAGCUUAGAUUUUAAUGGAAGUAAGAAAACUAAAUUAGUGAAACCUAAGAACAGAAGACCGAUUGAAAGUGGAGGACUUGAACGUCGAUCAGCCUUCGCAGUGAGACUAUUUCUCAAAGAAUUCUGCAUUGAGUUCCUAAACAGCUCUUACAAUCCAUUAAUGCGUUAUGUAAAAGACGUUCUUGUGAGGUCAAAGGCGCAGCAAAAUGACGAGUCAUACUACUUGUGGGCCGUUAAAUUCUUCAUGGAAUUCAACCGUGGACACAAUUUUCAAGUUGGACUAGUAAGCGAAACAAUGUCGGUGCCCAUGUUCCAUUACGUGCAGCAGCAGAUGGAGAAAUACUACGACAUGAUCAAAGUGGAGAAGAAGAAGUUCUCCUCGUGGGUGCGCCGGUUGCACAUCGCGCUCAGGGCCUACAAGGAGCUGCUAUACAGUUUGGUUGCGAUGGACAAAAGCUCCGACGGCACAGUCAGGGACUCCGCCAAAGUGUUGAAAAGCAACAUCUUCUACGUGCUGGAGUACAGGGAAUUCGUUCUGACGACCUUCCUGAGCUUCGACGAGAAUAAAAUGCCGCGGUCAUAUCUGGAGGAUCUGGUGGAGACGGUGCAUCUGUUUCUGAAAAUGCUGGAGCACUACUGCAAAAGGACGGGCCUGGUCGUUCAAAAGAAAGUUCGGAAGAAGCUGAAGACGAAAAAACAUAAACGGACGCAGAAAUCCAGGAGCGUUGCAGCAGAAGCGCCUCAGUGGGAGGAGGUCCGACCGCAAAUCGCGUGCGUGCUGGGCUCGGGUUUGGAAGAAUUCCCGCCGCCCUUCGACGCGGCCUCCGACGUGCCGAUAGACCAGCAGAAGGAAGACUCUGCCAGGGAGGUGUGGCCAGAGGAGGGGAUCUUCGGUGUGGCGGGGAUCGCUGAAGACGAGGAGCUGGACAUGCUGCAAACCAUUUACAACACGGACUUGGGCGUUGAAGUGAACGGCCCAAAUGAGGAAGAGGACGGUUCGCAAGAAGAAAUGGAUAAUGAAGAAGACGAAGAAGAAGAAGCUGAGAGUAAAACGGCAGUGGUUGAAACAGAUUUCGACUUUCAGGACUUUGUUCAAAGGUUCUGCCAGGCGCGCGUCGUGAGCGCGUGCGCGUGCGUGCUUGAGGCGUGCGCGCGCCCCCCCUCCGCCGCCCCCUCGGCCCCCUCGGCCCCCUCGGCCCCCUCGGCCCCGCGCGCCGCCCGCGCCGCCCUGCGGCUGCUGCACCGGCUCGCGUGCGACUGCCGCCGCCCCGCGCUCCUCUUCCAGGCGUCGCUCUUCCUCACCUUCCAGCGGGUGCUCGCCGACCCGAUGCCCCACCUCAAGGAGUUGGAGAAGUUCACGUUGUACAUCUUCAGAAAGUUCGCGGCGAUCGCUUCGAAAAAUCCCAAAGCUUUCAUCGAACUUUUGUUCUGGAAGUCGUCUAAGGACGCCGUCGAAAUAGAGCACGGCUACGACCUUUACGGCGACCAAAAAGACAAAUUGGGCAAAGGCGUUUGGACUGAGGAGCAAGAAGAUGAGCUUCGGAACUUGUUUAUGGAAAACCAGGCGAAUCCAACGACAGAGAAAGACGUGAUCGACUGGAUCCUGGAGAACCUGAUAGACCAAACGCGUACCCGGCGCGGCGUCAUAAGGAAGCUGAAGGAGUUGGGGCUCAUCUUCAAGGCGCCGACGAAACGGAGCAACAAGGCCCGUUUGGAAACAACCCCCAAGGAGUUCUCAGAGGAGGAGGACGCCCUGCUCGCAGAACUGUGGAGACAAUAUGCCGAUUCGCCAGACCCUUUGGGCGCGAUGAUUCCCCGGAUGCCGCGGAGGCGAGCGCGACGGAGCUACGUAGAGCGACUUCUGGAGCUGGAUCUAAUACAGGACAAGAAACAGUGCAGGAAGAAGAGAGAGAAGCAGCCGAAGAGUAAACGGACCGACGGUGACGGAUCGGACGGCAGUUCAUCAGAUUCGGAAUCUUCAGAUGGCAGUGCCUGCGACAGUACUGUGAAAGUUCCAUCGCCACCAAAGGCCAAGAAACUGGUUAAGAAGGCAGAGAAAAAGAAACCUGAAGGGCGUGGAAAUAAGAAGAAUAAGAAACAAGUUGAGCUGAGUGCGACCGAAAUUGCUAAGCUUUUAGUGCAAGCUGUCAACAGCGGUUUUUCGGAGGCCUUACGGUGGCUGGCGGAAAGCCUGGAAGAGGUCGCGUUAGACCAGGAAGCGGAAGGAUACGAUCCAACGGCAGAGGGGACUCCCCUGGUGCCAGUUGGGGAGGCCAGCGUGCGGGCAAUGGACAGCCAAGUGUUCCUCAAGGUGCUCAAAGGGAUCGGGGUGGCACCGCCCGCUGACGAACAGGAGACCUACUGGAGAAUACCUAGUCACCUUCACCACGAAACGAUAAGGAAACGACGCGAAAUAAUAAUGAGGGCGGUUAACAAAGAACUUGUGGUCGACGAAGCGGAAAUAGCUACUAGCAACGAUAUAACCGAAAACAAAACAGUUGGUGACAACGAUUCAAGCGACGACGAAGACCUGUUCGAUAAUCUGCGCAAGUUGCGGGACAGCAAUGAAGAAGAUAGCGUUGCCAAAAGCGUUAUUAAAAGCAAAUCGGAGAACCGCAAACGCAGUCGCAGCACGGACGAAGAAGAAGACAGCAGACGAGAGAAGAUGCCGAAGAUUGAUGAGACAGAGGAGCGAAACAGCGAUGAAGAGGAAGACAUUUUGUCCUUCGCCAAAAAGACCCUUCAACUCGACGAGCCCGAAACGGAGGAUAUAUUAAGCAACAUACGAAGGCCUGAUACUGAUGACAGUGACAACGAAGAACCCGAGGAAAUAGUUCUACCAACGAAACGAAAGAAAGUUAGAGCGAUCAUUGAUGACGAUUCCGAU